CCCAAUUUUGAACGGUGUAUUCAUUCAUAUCCAAGCCUCCUAUAUCUUAUUCCCACUGCGUUUACAAAAAAAUUUAUAGUUCAGAGUCUUCAUCUUCUCACAAAAUACCCAACUAAUCCCUCUCCUCUGCUCUUCUUUCCUCCUCAUUCUCUCUCUCUCUCUCUCUCUCUCUCUCUAUAUAUAUAUAUAUCACUUCUUCUUCCUGUUUAUUGUUAAGCAAAGAUGGGUGUGAUCAAAAUCUCCCAAACAUUCAAGACACAAGUGACUCCAUCUAGGAUGUUCAAGGCCUUGAUCCUUGAUUCCCACAACCUCUGCCCCAAGCUCAUGUUUUCGUCGAUAAAAAGCAUCGAAUAUCUUCAAGGCAAUGGAGAGGUUGGAAGCAUCAAGCAGAUGAAUUUCACGGAAGCUAGUCCUUUGAGGUAUGUGAAACAUCGAAUUGAUGCGCUUGACAACGAGAACUUCAUGUGCAAGUACACUUUGUUCGAGGGUGAUGCGUUCUUGGAGAAGCUUGAAUCGGUGUCUUAUGAGGUCAAGUUUGAGAGAUAUGGUUAUUCAGGAUGCAUUUGCAAGUUGUCGAGUGAGUACAGGCCAAAGGAGAAUGUGGAGAUCAAAGAAGAAGACAUCGAGCUCGGGAAGGAUAGAGCCAUUGGGAUGUAUGAAGUUGUGGAAGCCUACCUCAUGGCACACCCUCAUGCCUAUACUUGAAAAAAUACAAGGAAAGUUUUGUUAUGAUACUGCAAAUUGUCUAACAGCCUGUAUUUUGUCUGUUUUCAUGUUUCUGUCUUCAUUGUUUUUUUACAGUUGUUUAAUAGAUAUUCCUUAUGUGAUUGUGAUUUCCCUUUAGAUCAGACUAAUGUUAUCUUUGAGUCUGUUAUCAUCUGUGGAAUUUGAGAGAAUCAUUUUAUAGAACUGGCUGUGAAAUAAUAUCUAGUACUGACGGGAUUUUCUGAA